AUGGCUCACAAAGAGGCCAAACAGUCCUCAUUCCGUGCAACGCGCACUCCCUAUGAUCUGGGCAUGGCACAACCUUCGUCACUUCUCGCCGGAUCUCGGUCCUUCGAGAUGAGAAGUGAACCCCAGGUAGUCGGCCAGCAUACCAUCAGACGGGCUUUCGGCUUGGAGGUCACCAUUGCUCGAUUGGAGGAGAACAUCGCACACUUGCAAGCUGAGAACUCUGCUCUUCGAGCUGAAAAUAGUGAGCUGAAGGAGCUGUUCCCAAUUGAUCCCAUCUCCUUCAACAUCAACCCACAGCCCCCCAUUGCCAAGCCCGUGCUUUCCACGACCGAUCUCUUAUUUGAUCGCUCCGAGAACGCUCUUACAACCUACAACUCCGUUGUUCCCCCCCGAGAGCGCCUCGAUAUUAUACGCGACAUCGGUGAGACCUUGACAAGCUCAGCUUCCUCGACGUGCGCGGCGUCAUCAGAACCAAACCCCGCCAGAUAUCAGAAGGUCUCAGACUUCAUGGCUGGUAAACUAGUGGAAUCUUACUCACCUCCGGAUACUGAUCCUUCCAGCACUUGCUGUCUAGAGUCUAGUAUCAUAUUUGACCACGCCUCUGAAAACUCCUAUGCUGAGAAACGCCACAGCUGGCUCAAGUCCUAUGACCCCACGGCGCGGAAUCCACUCCAUCAACCCCAGACAGGUUCGACGUAUCUGGCUCGACUUCGAGAGAAGCCCUGGGUCAGCGAAUGGAAAUUCUUCGGCUUUCCUGGAAUAGUUGGUUUUGUGGACACUAACAGCGAGGCAAGCACAUUCGACGAAUACGAACAAGAGCCGGAACAAAGAGCACAGGAUAUCCGAGACAAUUACAGCGGCUUUGAAGACAACGUGGACCUUCGUGGUGGACUUCUUGAAGAUUGGGAAGCCGCCGUUAUGCUCGGUUUCGCCUCUGAAGCCCAAUGGGAUGGCUUGAGUGAUAUGAACCAGCGUUCUUCUCCUUCCUACGCCGACGCUCCUUCCGCGUCCAGCUCAGACAAUAGCUAUGAGAAAACCUUCAGCGAUGCGAGAGUUGACACUGAGGGAAGUGCCAGUACCACGCCGGGUCAGUUGUGGGUCCCGUACGGCAAUUUCACACAGACCAAGACCUGGGUUAGCGAGGAGGAGAUGGCCCGAGUCCAAUACGAGAAGUGCAUGGCUAACCUCCGCUACAUGGGCUUCGACCGGUUCCCCUUGUAUCCCAUGACGUUUCAAGAGUGGGUGGCUUGUAAGGCCGAGUGCGCCUACUCUAAGGUGAUGCUGGCGAAACGAAAGCUUGACGAUAUGCAAACUGCUCUCAACAAAGAGCGCGCGAGUGUUGCAUCUGGCGAUCACUCUAACAUCACUUCCCUUGGAUCUGAUACGCAGCUCGCCGAAAAGCUUCAGCACAUUUCUCAGAUGGAUGAGCACUCCCCUGUACUUGCGCGCCGCACCAUUUGGCAUCCCGGUUUCACCAGUCAGCCAAUUGCUGACUGGCCCAGCUACAAAGAGUUCAAAGCUGAGGGCGACGAUCGACAGAAGGGACAGCGAAAUUACCGCCGCAUGUUGCCAUUGCCUAAACCGAGAGAGCCUCACGGUGCUCGUCUUCUCCGCCAGCUCCCCGGUUCCGAGACUCCCACAGAUAUCCACACACAAUACCUUAUUCGGCUGUUCGAGCCCGCCUACGGUCUCAUGUGUGACGUCUCCCACGCUGCGAUGCUCCAGAUCAAGGAGCCGAGGCUCUAUUCUAAGCUGGACAGGAAUACCGAGCAAGAGCUCAAUGAUGACAGCCUGGACUCAUUCACUGGUGGCUUGCUGCAAGAAAUUGAGCGCGAGGAACAGAUCUCUGACCGCUUUGCAAGUCUGGAUAUCGGUUUGCAUUGA